CUUUAAUGUAUAACCUAUGGCUCUAUUUGGCGUUUAUCCAGAUAUGUAGUAGCCCCAUUAGUAUUUUAUUUUGCCAUUUGUGUUGCUUCAUCGUUCGGUUGAAGUUGGAGUAUGAGGAAAUUGGAGCGAGACGCACGCAUUUCCCCUGAAUUAGUGGCACAACGAUUCCAGUAACAACUUCCCAUAUCAGGAAGACAGAGACUCAGACUUGUACACGAAGAAAACUAUGUCCACGCCCCUGCGAAAUGGGUCGUAGCUGAGUGGAACUGUGGUUGUCGAGGGAAAUAAGUGGAAUAAAUCGUCUCAACAUGGACUUACACAGGCCAGUGCGCCACAGAGUGUCUAUCAUCCUGCUGAUUUUAGGACAUUUUGGGACUGUAGCAGCUCUGUCUGGAAUUAAUAGAACAAGCGUAAAUCUUGACUGCACCAACGACUUUGACCGGGUGAUGUUUUGCCAAUUUGAAGCGAAAAACUGCUCAGAAUACAAUAUAACCCUCGUGAACGACGGAGGAUAUGGGAAGGUGGAUUGUGUUUUGCAGCAGUGUGAUAGCGGACAGUGCUGUUGCUCUGCCAUCAUUGUCAUUGUUUUUGGGGAGACUCAUACAGCAACAGUUCUGAAAGGAGGCCAAAGAAUAGAGUCCAAAACUAUCAGCAUCACAGGCAGCAUAAAGCCCAAAACCCCAACGAUCGUCUCAGUGAAGGAAUUCAAUGGAAAUUAUCAAAUCCAGUGGGAUACAAACAUAAAAGGCGUACUGAAUGACAACUUGUUUGCUAAUGUGACGUACCAUAAGAAAGGAGGCACAGAAAAGGUGUCUGACUUUAUCAAACCAACCUCCAUUGCUGGACGGAACUAUUAUGAAAUACUUGGUCGACACUUGGAACCGAGUACAACUUAUGUGGUUAGCGUGAAAAGCUACACAGAUUAUAGUAGGAAGUUCAGUGACAGCAGCGAAGAGAAGGAAUUCACAACCUCCGCCUCCCGUAAUAGCCUGCUUUUGGCUCUCAUCAUCAGCCUCAGUAUUGCUGCACUCGGCAUCAGCGGCGCUAUAUAUUGCUGUUAUAUAAAGUUCAAGACAAAGUGGUGGGACACAGUUGCCAAAUGUCCAAAUCCAAAGCUUCUUGCAAUGCAUCCAAAUGAACAAGAGUUCUUGAAGCCUGAGCCACCCAUCAUCUCCUCUCUCUGCAUUGAACCCCUUAUUCCAGAUGACAGCAAACCAUGGUCGAAGGGCUCACUGUCAGACACUAGCAGUGGGAGCCCUCAACACAGCAGUGGAGUCAGCACCGGCUCCUCUUGCUUCAGUUACGCUAACACAGAACCGACUGAUAUUAUAGCUGGUGUUCAGGAGGCUCUUGGUAAAGCCUUCCCCAAUAUCAGCCCGAUAUCACCACUGACCCAGCUCACAGAAUCAAACAAAGACAGUGGUUUAUUCAUGGCUUCUCCCGGACAUGAGAACAUGAGUUUUGGAUCAUCAGGAUUUGACAAUAAAACCUAUUCCGUCCUCAUUCCCAGCUACCCACAUGAGCUUAUGAAGGACCACUCUGAGGUCCAGACUCAGGUUGAAAUGGUUUGUGACUCUGCAUACCAUCCUUGUGAGGGUGGCACCGGGACCGGUGCUGAGCAGCAGGCACCAGCUUUCCCACGUCUUAAUGUACCACCGGUGGUUUCACCUCUCAUGCCAACAGACAUGCCAUAUCAGCAGUGCAGUAGUUCAGAUUCUGGGAGGUGUUCUUAUGCAGAAGACUCCAGUGUGUUCUCCAUCUCUAGUGGCACCAACACAUCUGCCUCAUCUGAGAUCAUGUCCAGAGCUGAGGCUGGGAGUGGGAGCUUUCAUGAGGUAGUCAGUGAUGUGACAAUAAAAGGGGGAAACAAUGAAGAGGCCAUCACAUGUGAUGAAAAUCCCUGCUACCACUCAAACAGCUUUCCUCCAGUGGAUGACGACUACCAGGCGUUUCAGAGUCUAGUGGAGCAGCCCGAGGUUUUGCCUUCAGAGCAGAGAUGCGGCAAGAGGGAGGAACAUUUGGACAAAUAUCCAGAAGACUCAUUUGCUAAGAUGCCUCUACUGAUCCCAAGUUUCAUGAACAAUGUCAGGGGUGGCCAGUGUCUCUCGGCACUCCAAACACUGUUCCCCACUGUGGGCUCUGCUGACCAGUCUAGGCCAGUAAUCACAGACACUGGCUAUCAAAGUGUGUAGUGCUGAAUUUUUAUGGAUUCAUUUUUUGUGUGAUUUGUGCUUCUUUAAAUUAUAAGCAUUGUUGGGGGAGACAGUGUUAAAAUUGCUAACAUGACUUUCCAAGUUAAUUCUUGAACUUGGAAAUAGCAGCAAAAUGAUCACAAGGUCCAUUUAGUAGCUGUUCCUGAUGGUUUGACUAUUUCACCUGGUCUUGACCAGUAGACAGAGUUUUCCCUGUUGUUACAAAAUACCAGAAUAUUUGCUUUCUUCUUAUGUCUGCUGACAUGGUUGAAAGCUCCAGGACAAUUGUUAUAUAGACCCUGACUUGACAUUGUUUCCUCAGCUGUAAAAACUGUUGUAGAUAUUUUUUAUUUGCUGCUUUGAGUCAAAGAAAAUUCACUGUGAAUACUUUGCAGUUAUGAUCAGCUUUUAGAUUCCACAGCUGGCUUUGAUAAAGAUUGCACAUAAAAGCUAAAUGUCCGACAGAGAACACAAUGCACUUGUUCUGGGACCUGACUUUGGAAUAUGUGUCUGAUAUAAAUGCUUGAACUGAAGAACUGUAGUCAGCUCAUGUAUCUGUGUCUCAUAUCUGACAUUCAGUUAAGGUCAUUUGUUUUUCAAAUUUAAAUCUACAUAGCUCUUGGAAAACUCAUUCUUUCAGUGGUGUACAAAUGAGGAGAGAACCCCACUGUCUGCAGUCUGUCUUAAAUGUGUGAUUGUCAAGCUUAAAUGGUAGGUGAUUAAAAUCCCUUUAUGAGGUUGAUCUGACCUGGAUAGUCAUCACCAGGGAACUAGCACAUGUGGCACUAUAAAGAAAGUCACAUCACAAUGAAUGGCCUGAAUGCUUCCUCUGAAACAAGUCAGCUGAUACAGUUCAUGCUUGUGACAUUUACUCAUACUAUAGCUCUUCGCAGGAAUUGCUAGGGUGUUUCCACAGAAACACACGUCAACAUGGCUACACGCACUGUCACAGCUACUGCCAAGAGACCUGUUGCCAUUUGUGUCAAUAAGUGAAACAAAGACUGUGUUUGGGCAGAAAAUAAAAAAAAUGUUCAUAUUGUGUCAUGUGGAUUGUGUUUUCAUGUAGCUUAAAUGCACAACGGGCAGUUUGCUUUAAUCGUAUUGUUGUGACAGACGUAAUCUUAUAUCUCACCACCUUUGGCCACAGCGAAUCAUCCGUUGCCACCCAACUAACGAUACGCAUGCUAAACUUUGCAUGUUUUACACCGGAUGAAGUCUAAUUUAGAGCCACCAGCCAACCUAACAUGCAAACUGCAC